UAAACGCUUUUUAAACCGUUGACUCUUCGUCGGAAUUAAUUUCCUUCCCAACUUCUCGAGAGCCCGUUCCCGAAGCAAAGAGGGAUACCUCCCAUCCAACUCAGCCAGGACCUUGGCGGUACAUCUCGUCUCCUGCGGUGCGCCCCGAGGGAGCGAUGUGGUGCUCGAUGACGUGAUCGACCUCUCGGUCAGCUACGCGCCGUGACCUCGUUCGAGUGGCUGGCCAUUCACUUCUUCGGCGACCGGGCACGGUCGCACGAAACUCGAAGAGCAUGACAAGACGCUAAGACAAAAUCGAGAAUCUCGAUUUGUUAUUUUUUUUUCUCCUUGAAAGGGAGUCAAAGAGAAACGAAGAGAAGUUUCAUGGAAGAAGAGGGUGUCUCUCGUGGCUCGAAACGGGAGAAUGUGUGAGAGGACGUCAAGAUCAUGAGGGUAUUUUUGUAAUGACGGAUCCGGCACGGUCGACAUCGGAACGAAGGGCGAACGAUUGAGAUGCGCGAACGGUGGAUCUGACCGCGUGCUUUGCUGACACCCGAAGAAAAGGGCGUAAGAGGAGGAAUUCCGGAGGUAUGAUAGACGCGUGAGGAACGGAACGCUGGCGACGCCGCGCGGGUAAUUGAGACGUGUCGGCGAAAAAUUUCACGCGUCGCGCCGGCGAGGUGCACUGCGUUUCUUCUGCUGCACACGAGGAGGAAGCGAGAGAAUUGAGAAACACAAAGUGAUCCAACAGACCGAAACGUUAUGUCGAGCCGAAGAAAUGAAGACGUAUGAAAAUUUCUAUUAAGCGGACGUGACUAUAUGAAAGUCGAUAGUCAAAAAGUCAGAAAAAAGAUUCAAAACCAGAUCAGGGUGUUUUUUUUAUUAAGCGGAAGAAUUAGACGCAACGGUCUGAGACUCUGACAAGUCCGGGCGGCCAGCUUUGGUUUGAACAAAGCGAACGAAUAAGAGGGUAACUCCCGCAAGAGAAAGCGAUGACGAAUCUCCGGUCUUGUUGAGACCCCCGUCCGGCCGCGCGUGAAUCUCGGCGUGCAGCAGGCGUGGAGGACAAGGUCGCGUUGGAUGUCCGCGCGGCGUGAAUAUCCGCGAAUUGGGAAGGUCAUUCGCGAUCGGCGCAGUGAUCGCGCGCCGCGACGGCGGACAUCCGCGUUCGUGGUCGCGCUCGCGACGCUGUCAUCGCGAGAAUCAUUCCGUCGUCUUCCCCACUCGUCGGCGGCCACAUGACUUGACGAUUGCCUCUUUCUCCUCCCGCUGCUGCUCCUGCCCGUUUGACCGAAGGCGGCGGCGGCGGUGGCGGCGACAACGUCACGGCGACGUCGACGUGGACGAUAGCGACGAGGAGUCAACGGCUGACAACGCGGCGUGGUGGAGGUUCCGUGCUUAAGACGAGUAACACGCGCCGCCGGCGAUUCAGUCGUUCGCAAGCGGUUCGCUCCGCAGGUGCGAGACGUGCGCGUGGGUGCCUGCGAGACGUGCGUGUGUGGAUGUGUAUGUGAGUGAUCGCGUUUUUUCCUGGAUCGUCGUUUCCGCGUGCGUAUAGUUUGUAAAAGGCGGCUCCCACACACACACAUAGAGGAGAGAGAGAGAGAGAGAAGGCACACAGAAAAAUCGGCCGUGAAGAGAAUCGCAGCGGGGGACAAAAAGAGAGAAAGAGCUGCACAUUCAUAAAGUAUAGUCCUUUAGAGGCUGUGGAUUCUUCUUCUUCUCCGUUUCGGCAACCGUGGUGCGUCGUGACGACUGUGGUGUUUGUCGUGGUGGCGCGGUGUUACCGUCGUGUCGCUGCUAUCCUGCUAUCAAGCGGUGGCGACGGUGGCGGUGGUGUUGGUGGUGGAUACACACGUAUAUAUAGUAGUGGAUGAUAACGGGGGUGGUGGCCCGCGGGGGUGGCGAAACUGGAGCAGCCGGUGGCGAUCGUCGUCGUCGGUGCAGCGGAGGAGCUAUCAUGUGCACGCGGUGGAUUUUCGGACUGGCGGUCGUGGCCCUGCUGACUCUCGGCGGUCGAGCGCGCGCGUACACCAACCAGUGGGCGGCACACAUCGAGGGUGGAGAAGAGGCGGCCAGGCGAGUCGCCGAGGACUAUGGAUUUCGCUAUUUGGGCAAGAUAAAUGAUGAUUGGUUCCACAUGGAGCAUCGAUCCGUGGCGAAGAGGUCGACGGAACCGCAUCUCGAAAUGCACCAAAGGCUAAUGAAUGACUUCAGAGUACGUCGAGCGGAGCAACAGCGGGCAAAAUCGCGCACUAAAAGGGAUCUUAUAAUCAAACGUCCGUCCAAUAUACUAACCAUGCUAAACGAUGAGAGGUGGCCUCAGAUGUGGUAUCUGAACAGGGGAAAGGGCUUGGACAUGAACGUGCAGGGCGCUUGGGCUGAGGGAAUUACUGGAAAUGGCGUCGUGGUCACAAUUCUUGAUGAUGGAUUGGAGAAAGAUCAUCCUGACCUUUACAAAAAUUAUGAUCCUCAGGCAAGUUACGACGUCAACAGUCACGAUGAAGAUCCCAUGCCGAGGUACGAUCUCGUAGAUAGCAAUCGACACGGCACCAGGUGCGCCGGAGAGGUCGCAGCCACUGCCAACAAUUCUCUUUGCGCCGUAGGUGUUGCUUUUGGAGCAGGCGUAGGUGGUGUUCGAAUGCUGGACGGUGACGUGACAGAUGCCGUCGAAGCGAGAUCCUUGAGCCUUAAUCCCCAACACAUCGAUAUUUAUAGCGCCUCGUGGGGACCGGAUGACGAUGGUAAGACUGUAGACGGUCCUGGUGAACUGGCUACCAGAGCCUUCAUCGAGGGAAUUACCAAAGGUCGGAACGGUAAGGGCUCGAUCUUCGUGUGGGCGUCCGGGAACGGCGGCCGGGACCACGAUAACUGCAAUUGCGACGGCUAUACCAAUAGUAUCUGGACGCUGUCGAUCAGUAGCGCGACAGAGAACGGCCUUGUGCCCUGGUACAGCGAGGCAUGCUCGUCCACCCUCGCCACCACGUACAGCUCGGGCUCUACCGGCGAGAAGCAGGUCGUCACUACGGAUCUGCAUCAUCACUGUACCAGCAGCCACACCGGCACCUCCGCAUCGGCGCCGUUAGCGGCCGGCAUUUGCGCUCUCGCUCUGGAAGCGAACAGAGAUCUCACCUGGAGGGACAUGCAGCACAUCGUGGUCAGAACUGCCAAACCUGCGAACCUGCAGGCGCCCGAUUGGGUGGUCAACGGCGUCGGUAGAAAUGUGAGCCACAGCUUCGGUUACGGGCUGAUGGACGCCACUGCCAUGGUACGCUUAGCAAGAAGAUGGAGAACCGUCCCGGAGCAACACAGAUGCGAAGUAUCGGCGCCACACACGGGCAGGACAAUACCGCCGAAGAGCCAAUUGGUCCUCGACUUACAUGUCAAGGAGUGCAGCGGCGUUAAUUUUCUCGAGCAUGUUCAGGCGAAAGUAUCGCUGAUGGCAGUGAGACGAGGGGAUCUUCAGAUACAGCUAACAUCUCCUCAAGGCACGAAGAGCACUCUUCUCGCUAAAAGGCCGCACGACAUCUCGAAGGCCGGUUUCAGCCAAUGGCCAUUUAUGUCAGUGCACACGUGGGGUGAGAGGCCGCACGGCACCUGGAAAUUAGAAAUUCACAAUGAGGGUCGAUAUCUCGGUAAGUGGAUUACGUCUUCCGCUAUUUCGCGUUAUCGCACAAUCAUUGAAGAUUGCCUGAUUAAUAGUGAUGAGCGACUUAAUUCCGCGAUAUUAAUCACGAUCAUGUCUGCGUCUUUAAUAUGCUAUGUGAUUUUUAUCGCUAAUAACUAG